AUGGCUCCUCGGAAGAAGACAGUCGGCCCGAAUGCCGGGGUUGCGGCGGGCAAUCUUACAUCUUCGCCGGGCGCUGGGAGACGAUCUACUGGGAACGUUACUGGAAAAUCCGCAAAUGAUUCACAUGAUACAGAAGCUCAGAAAAAGAGUCAUAACCCAAAUGCGCAAAAGAGCAGGCGAUCGGAUGACUUUGAAGCUCUCCUUGAACCAUUUUAUUACGAUAAACACCUGACUGAUCCAAUCAAUACCGAAAGAGAUAAAUGGAACCUAUUACCAGCAUUUCUGAAAGUCAAGGGACUCGUCAAGCAGCAUAUUGAUUCUUACAAUUACUUCGUCGAGGUUCAGCUCAAAAAGAUUGUACAGUCUAGCGCAGAAAUUCGCAGUGAUAUUGACCCAAAGUUCUAUAUCAAGUUUCAUGACAUAUAUCUUGGAGCACCCCGGCGAACCGAUGAAGAGCAGUCAGGUAUCAAAAUUGACUCUACAAUAACUCCAAAUGAAUGUCGGCUUCGGGAUAUGACCUAUGCUGCGCCGAUUUUGGUUGACUUCGAAUAUGUCCGUGGCCGCCAGCGGGUUAAGCGAAAUGGUACUGCGAUAGGCCGUAUGCCUGUUAUGCUCCGGAGCUCCAAGUGUGUACUGUCAAAUAAAUCGGCACGGGAAAUGUACACACUACACGAAUGCCCUCUUGAUCCCGGCGGAUACUUUAUCGUUAACGGAACGGAGAAGGUCAUUUUGGUGCAAGAACAGCUGAGCAAAAACAGAGUUAUUGUUGAAACAGACCCAAAGAAGGAGAUCGUGCAAGCUUCGGUGACAAGUUCUUCGCAUGAGCGAAAGUCGAAAAGUUACAUAAUUAUGAAAAAGGGCCGCAUUUACCUUCGGCACAACGUUCUAAAUGACGAUAUUCCGAUUGUUAUUCUAUUGAAAGCUAUGGGAAUACAGUCCGACAAGGAAAUGUUGUUAUUAGUUGCCGGAGUUGAUAUGGAAUACCAGGAAGACUUUGCGAUAAACUUCGAAGAAGCAGUCAAACUGAAUAUAUACACCCAACAACAGGCUCUCGAAUAUCUAGGUGCGCGUAUCAAGAUCAAUCGAAAGGCCUCAGGUUUUGGACCUGCUCGUCGGAAUUAUGUUGCGGAGGCUAUCGAGGCCAUAUCCUCUGUUAUCAUAUCCCACGUUCAAGUGCAAGACAUGAAUUUUCGGCCGAAGGCUCUCUAUGUUACUCACAUGGCUCGGCGUGUGCUCAUGGCAAAACUUGAUCCAAGCUUGGUGGAUGAUCGUGACUACGUUGGCAAUAAGCGACUAGAGUUAGCUGGUCAGCUCCUGGCGUUGCUGUUUGAAGAUCUUUUCAAAAAAUUCUGUUUCGAUAUCAAAAUGAACAUAGAUAAGGUCUUGAAGAAACCGGUACGAACCGAGGCAUUUGAUGCUUACCCCGUCGUUGCUAUUCAUGGCAACCAUAUCACCCAAGGAAUGAACCGCGCAAUUGCAACCGGUAAUUGGAGCUUGAAACGUUUCCGAAUGGAAAGAGCUGGUGUCACUCACGUUCUAAGCAGGCUGAGUUAUAUCGCUGCACUCGGUAUGAUGACCCGAAUAAGCAGUCAGUUCGAGAAGACUCGCAAAGUCUCCGGUCCUCGUGCACUCCAGCCCUCACAAUUUGGCAUGCUGUGCACCUCAGAUACCCCAGAAGGUGAAGCGUGUGGACUUGUAAAGAAUCUUGCACUCAUGACACACAUCACAACGAACGACGAGGAGGAGCCUGUGCAGAAACUUGUAUUUACUCUUGGUGCAGAGGAUAUACAAACAGUCGGAGGCAGAGAGUGCUUCGGCCAGGGUGCUUAUAUUGUGUUCAUGAACGGAUCUCCAAUUGCUCUGACUAGGCGGCCGAAAUAUUUCCUCAACGCCUUCCGGCGUUUGCGACGAAUGGGCAGGAUUUCAGAAUUCGUCAGCGUGUUCAUCAACCAUAACCAGAAAUGUGUUCAUGUUUCCACUGACGACGGCCGUAUCUGUCGCCCGUUGAUCAUUGUCGAAAAGAAACGGUCCAGGGUUACAGCUCGGCAUUUAAGUGCUUUGCGUAACGGUACCAUGGAUUUCGACGAUUUCCUCUCCCACGGAUUGGUGGAAUAUGUCGAUGUCAACGAAGAGAACGAUGCAAAUAUUGCUGUCUACGAGAGAGAGAUAGACGCAAACACGACACAUCUGGAAAUAGAGCCAUUUACAGUCCUAGGAGCUGUUGCCGGACUUAUCCCUUACCCACACCACAAUCAGUCCCCUCGAAAUACCUAUCAAUGUGCUAUGGGUAAACAGGCCAUAGGUGCAAUUGCUAAUAACCAAUUCCUCCGUAUCGAUUCCCUGCUCUAUGCCAUGGUAUACCCACAGAAGCCAAUGGUGAAGACUCGGACGAUUGAACUGACAAACUACGACAAGCUCCCAGCCGGUCAAAAUGCAAUGGUUGCUGUGAUGAGUUACUCCGGGUACGACAUUGAGGACGCUCUCGUACUCAAUAAGGGUUCCGUAGAUCGCGGUUUUGGUCGUUGCCAGGUCUUCAGAAAGUAUUCGGCAAACCUCAAAAGUUACUCAAACGGGACAAAGGAUAGGCUUGUUGGCCCUACGAGAGAGAACGGGGUAUCCAUCAGAAAACAUGGCCUUCUCGACAAUGACGGCUUGGCUGCUGUUGGAGAGAAGGUCAGCCCCGGAGAAGUAUAUAUAAAUAAGGAAACGCCAGAUAAUGCGCUUUCGUCUGGAAUCACUGGCUCCGAUGCAGGUUUACCUGUGAAAUACAACCCAACCCCUCAAACCUACAAGCUUCCUGAUUAUAGUUACAUUGACAAAGUGAUGAUAUCCACUACCGAGGGAGAGAGCCAGCUGAUCAAGGUUCAGACCCGACAAACUCGACGGCCCGAAGUUGGUGACAAGUUCUCGUCUCGCCACGGACAGAAAGGUGUUGUUGGUAUCAUUGCAGAGCAGGCAGACAUGCCCUUCACAGAUACAGGCUUGGUUCCUGACAUUAUCAUGAACCCCCAUGGUUUCCCGUCUCGAAUGACUGUCGGCAAGAUGUUGGAGCUUGUUGCAGGUAAAGCCGGUAUCGUCUCUGGCCAGUUUGGCUACGGUACCCCCUUUGGCGGCAGUCCCGUCGAAGAGAUGUCUGCUAUCCUCGUGAACCAUGGAUUCAGCUAUGGUGGAAAGGACUACUUGACCUCUGGUAUAACGGGCGAGCCUCUCACGUACUAUGUCUUCACUGGACCAAUCUACUAUCAAAAGCUGAAACAUAUGGUGCAAGAUAAGAUGCACUCACGUGCCCGUGGACCUCGAGCAACGCUUACCCGUCAGCCCACGGAGGGUCGUUCUCGUGAUGGAGGUCUCCGUCUGGGAGAGAUGGAACGUGACUGUCUGAUUGCAUACGGUACAAGCCAGCUUCUGCUUGAGAGGUUGAUGAUAUCCUCCGACCGUCAUGAAGUGGAUGUAUGCGAGAGUUGCGGAUUUAUGGGCUACUCCGGCUGGUGUCAACGAUGCAAGUCCUCCGCAGGCGUAGUGAAGAUGGUGAUACCCUAUGCUGCCAAGCUGCUUGUGCAGGAGCUUUUCAGCAUGAAUGUCGUGGCGCGGUUAAGGCUGCAGGAUGAGUUCCCUGAAGAUCGGGGAAUGUAG